AUAAUAAUUGUUCAGAUGAAGAUGUUAAAUCUGAGCAAGAGAGCGAGCAAUGGGUGAUAUUAUUGAUUGUCCAGCCUACUUUGGUAAUAUGUCCGAAUUUAUCAGAUUCAAUGAGUAAUCAUAGAGAAAUUCUUAUUUUAUCAAUAUUUUUCUGCAGAGCAGAGCACUUCAUGCCUAUCUGUCUAUUGUAA